UUAAUCAAAUGCAUAUCAAAACUCGCUUGGAUAUAAUUCCCUAAUGAAAGAUAUUGUAAUAAGAAAGUUAUUACGAAAAAUAUACAAAUGGUGUUGAAAAGGCCAUUAAAUUCUAUAUGGACAAAAAACUAUACGCAUAAUUAUUAUAAAAAUGUUUGACAGCGAUGAGGAAUGCGACGAGGGAAGUGGGCUUAACCUAACAUUUUUCUUGUUUGGAAAUGUUGAUAAAUUUGGGCGAUUAGAUGACGAUUUCUUUGAUACUGAACUUAAAAACAAUUUAUCUUUGCUUAAUAGAGCACCAGAAUUAAAACCAAUAAUUAAAGAUAUAUUAGAAGACUACCCAAAUGAUUCACCUAGUGGUGAUAAUAAUGAUAACAGUUCUAAUGUUUUUGAAACAAAUAAUGAAGCCACAGAUAUUGACUUUUCUAAUAAGUCACCCACCGCCGAAGAUUUUUUUGGCAUACAAGAACUGGCAGAAGAAUGUAGUGAUACACUGGUUAAAAAGAAAUCUGAUGAUGAGAUGUCCAUUGAGGAUAUAGAAGAGAAUAUAUCAGAAAAGACAUAUAUUAACAAUAUUAAUUCAAAUAUUGGUAUUAUUUCCGGGCAUGAUAGAAAUGAUACUAAUCAAGGAAAUAGUGCAUCAAAUGCCAACGAUAACAUACUUAUGCCUCCUCCUGGUCAAAAGAGUUCUGAAGGAAAAGACAAUAGUUUGGCUGAUGAUGAUACCAUGAACAAUUCUGACAGCAAGAAAAAAUUAGAAACACCACUUGCUGCUAUGCUACCUUCGAAAUAUGCAGGUGUUGAUGUAACGGAACUGUUCCCAGAUUUUAGGUCUGAUAAAGUUUUACGCUUCUCCAGAUUAUUUGGCUUAGGAAAACCAAGCAGUUUGCCUCAUAUUUGGCGCAAUGUACGAAGGAAACGUAAAAAACGAAAGUAUAGAAUAACUGAUGACUAUAUCAUUAAAUGA